AUGACACUAUAUACCUAUAUGCUGUCCAAUCAGAAGGUUGCAGAAAUCAGAUGGUAUUUAAAGAACGAGCAGGACCGGUGUUGUUUAUGUAUAUUGUAUAUUAUAACAAGGCAUUGGCUUAAAGAAUAGUAAACAUUAUUUUAUUCAAUAAUACCGAAAAGUAAGAGUGUAACAUCGGUAUAUUCAAAUGAAGAGCCGUCGUUCAUGACAACAAAAGUCAAUCAGCGUCUGGAGCGACGAUAGUAAAUCCGUAAAAUUUCAGUUGUAUGACACAUUUGUUAUCAAUAUUUUUGUUACUUUUCAAUUAUUUAUAAUUAAAUUUGAAGCUUGCUCGUGCUCAGCAAGUUUACUAAUAUUUAAAUAAAUAUAUCUAUCUCGAAUAACCUUUGCAAAUUCGAGCAGUAUUUGCUAAGUCAAUGGACAACGAACAACAAAAAGAUGAACUUAUAGCAUUAGAAAGUAUUUACAAUCAAGAAGAAUUUUCAUAUCGUAAGGAGAACGAAUUGUACGAAGUUACCUUGAAAAUAUUCAUAAGCCUACCUGAAAAGUACUUUUUUAUAUACAAGGACAAUCGUAAAAGUGAUCAACGACCAGAGAAAGUAUACAUUUCUCAUGUGCCACCUUUAACAUUACUUAUUACUCUACCAUUGGAUUACCCAUCUACUUCACCACCACAAUUUACUCUAAGAUCUUCUUGGUUGAAUCCAUCGUCAAUUUCUAAAUUAUGCAAAGAGUUAGAUCAAUUAUGGGAAAGUAAUAAGGGCCAAGAAAUUUUGUUCACAUGGAUUGGCUUUUUACAAUCGGAAACUCUUGAAUGUUUAAACAUUCAAGAAUGUUUCAAUAUUGAUCAUGUUUAUACAUUUUAUAAAAAAACCUUGGAAAAGGCACAAAAAGCGCAAGAGUUAGCGAGUGAAGGCGAAAAAAAGAGUGCUAAUCAAAGUAGUCAAAGUAGUAGAGAGAGUGAAAAGAAAGUACAGGAUGCCUUGACUGUUGAUUCUCAUCAAAAGGAUAAAAAGACAUCUAUGAGGAAAAAGUUCAGGAAAGCUAAAAACAGAAGACAAUAUGAUCAAAGAGCCAUAGCUGAUAUUAUAGUUGGUAGAAAUCCAGUUCAAAUGUUAAUAGAUUAUAACGAAUUGCGCAAUCAAAUUGAAUUUAGGAAAAACUUCUAUUCUUGUAAAAUCUGCUUUACUGAUAAAUUAGGAGAGCAUAGUACGCAAUUUCUACCAUGUACUCAUGUAUUUUGUAAAGAAUGCAUUAUGGGUUAUUUUGAGUCUAAAAUUAAGGAUGGUACUGUAACAAAUAUUUUAUGUCCAGAAGAGAAAUGUAAAUCUGAAGCUACACCUGGUCAGAUUAAGGAUCUUGUAUCUCCUGAACUAUUUUCAAAAUAUGAUUCUAUAUUACUAAGUGCUACUUUAGACACAAUGACUGAUAUCAUUUAUUGUCCACGUAAAAGCUGUCAGUAUCCAGUUAGUAGAGAACCCAAUGAGAUAAUGGCUAAUUGCCCUGUCUGCCAGUAUGCCUUUUGCAUUUUUUGUAAAGCAGUUUAUCACGGAAUUGAACCAUGUAAAGUCAAUACAGUGGAGAAAAAGAAUCUGGUGAAAGAAUAUCAAGAAGCUACUGAUGAAAGGAAAGCCGAAUUAGAACAACGCUAUGGUAAAAAGCAAUUGCAGGUGCUUGUUGAAAAUACCAUGUCAGAAAAUUGGAUUCACAGGAACAGUCAAAGCUGCCCACAUUGCAAUGCAGCAAUUGAGAAAUCUGAUGGCUGCAAUAAGAUGGUAUGCUGGAAGUGCAACACAUUCUUUUGCUGGACCUGCAACACGAAAUUGAAUCGCGAGGAUCCAUACUUGCAUUAUCGUGAUCCACACUCUCGAUGCUUUAACAAGUUGUAUCAUGGUCUAUUGCCUGAUGAAGAAGAUGACGAUGAUGAUGAUUUUAUUGAUUUCGAUUUCGCCAUUUCUGAUGAGGAGGACGAGGACGACGAUGAUUUCGACGAAAAUGAUGUCCUCUUUGUUCUCAAUUAUUAAUUGUGUUCCAAUUGUUUCACAUAAGCAAUUAUAAUUUUAUCUUCAUUCUAAAAUUUUUGUAUAUAAAUACAAUGAUGUACAAUGUUGUAAAUUCUUAUUAUAUUCACAAAAAUAAUAACUGCUGUGCAGAACCGCUUUGUUGCUUGUAUAUUUAUUGUAAAACUCUGUAAAAAAAUUAAUUUUUAUAUUUAAUAUUUUUAAAAUACAUGGUUUUAAACUUGUUUUA